AUGAGAGCAGCUUGGGGAGCUUUGAAAGGCGCAGUUCAAGAACUUAAUGAUGCUUUGUUAGAGGAAGAUGACGAAGAUCAUGAAAGAAGUAGAAGAAACAAACAAAAAGAAUACAUUACUUAUCCUAAGGAGAGAAAUGAUCAUGUAGUUAGUGGUAAUUUUAACUCAAGCACUUUAAAAGAAAAGCCUAAUUCUGAAAUUAGAAACAAUUCAUCUUCUAAUGGCAAUCAUAGGAACAUUAUUAGUUCAGUUAAGAAAAGCAACAGUUUUGGAUUAACAAACCCUUUAAAUGGUAAUACUAGAGUUGAAUUUAAUGAUAAUUUGCCUUUAAAUAAUAAUCAAUACUCAGAGCAAAAUAUAUUUAUGCUCCAAGGUUCAGAAAGUUCAGGAGAAAGCAAUUCUAUAAUUGACGAAGAUUUUGAUUGGGGCCUGGACACGGAAAGCAUCUCAAAAGAAAAAUUUGAUUCAAAAACCAAUCAAAUUACUAAGAAAAAUGAAUAUAAUGAAGAAUUAGGCCAAGAACCUUGUGAAAGUAAUUUCAAUAUGCACUCUAGAAUUAGAAAGUUACAUGAAGAAUUCCAGCAGAAAGAUUAUUCAGAUGACGAAGACGAUGGUGACGGUAUUAAGGGUGAGCUGAUAGAAGAGAAUAACUCUCCAAAUAACACUGAGAGUGAAUCUAUCAUAGUUACUGAAGAUGAUGGGGAGUCAAAUAUAACUGACCCACUUGAAGAUGGCGAAAACAGACCUGAAGAAGAUGAUGAGAAGACGUUAAGUAAUGGUUCAGAUGAUGAAGAUUUAGGGACUUUGAAUUUACCUGAAAAAUAUUUAAAAGAGCUUUUCGAAAUAUUUCACAUGGAGAUUAAUAAUAUUGAUUAUCUUUUGAAAGUUAUUCAAGGAUACUACUCAGACUGGAAGGGAAUAAGAGAUUCUCUAAUUUCAGAUAAAGAGUUACUAGUUAAGUUAGCUCCGCCUCACUAUGAGUCAUAUUUGAAAAACACUGUUUUAGAUAAAUCCAAGCCAUUUUCUCUGGGUUUUACUGUUUUAAUUGGACAGUGUAUUUAUUCAUUUUUGCAGGAAUUCAAAAAAGGAAUUUCAUUAAUUACUGAACAGGAGAAUAAGAUUAAUGAUCUUUUACAGAAAAGUGCAGAGUAUUCAACAAUUGUUCAAAACAUUGAAACCGAAAAUACUGAAUUUAGUAGAAAGAUUUCUGUUUUGGAAAAUGAGAUAAAUUUUCUAAAAGAAAGAAAUGAAGAGCUUCAAAAUAAAACAGAAGAAGAGGCAAGAGAAAAAGACCAGGUUGAUCGUAAAAGAAUAGAUGAUCUUGAAUUGGAAAGGAACAACCUAAUAGAAAAAAUUAACCAGAUGAUUGCAGAAAAGGAAGAGUCAAAAAUAGAAAUGGAAAAGUUGCAUGAUCAUAUUAAUAAUUUAACAAGUAUUAUUGAGGGAUACCAAGCUGAAGAAGAACAAAUUAAUUCAAGGUAUGAAAUUGAACUUGAGAGAGCCCGUUCUCAAGAAAUAAAAUUACAAUCCAAAUUAAAUGUUUUAAACUCAUGUCAAGAUGAAAUCAGUUCUUUAAAAGAGAAUAUUUUAAAGUUAGAGGGAGACCGAAAUUUACUCGAAAAACAUAUAAGUGAAUUGCAGGAAAAUAAUAAAAACCUUCUUAAUUCAAACGAACAAAUAAUGAAACAAUUAAAGGAUACUAAAGAGGAGCAAAAAGAGUUUAUGAUUGAUAAAAGAUUUAUUAUUCAAGUAAUUCAGAAACAUAAUGAAGAUGGAUCGAGAAUUAAAUAUAGGAAUGAUCUAUUUAACUUAUUGUGCGAUGCCAUUGGUUUGUCUGAAGAAGAGAGGUCCAAUCUUUUUUUUGGUGAUAAUAAAAAUAGUGGUAGCAAUAGUAGAGAGAAUGCUGUACAUGAUCUUAAUCAAGGAAUGGGAUUUGCAGAUUUGUUUUAUAACUUUCUAAAUUCCGAAGUAGAAGAAAAUACACAGGGAGUUAAAUGA